AUGGCGGCAAAUUCCGCCGCCGGCGCCUCGGCGGCGGAGUCCUCCGACGAGCUGGCCGCCAAGGCGAUCCACAAGCGGUUCGAGGGCCUGGUCAUGGCGCGGAGCAAGGCGGCUAGGGGCAAGGGCGCCUGGUACUGGGCCCACCUCGAGCCCAUCCUCAUCCACGAUUCCGCCACCGGCCUUCCCCGGGCCGUCAAGCUCCGGUGCUCCCUCUGCGGUGCCACUUUCUCCGCCUCCAACCCUUCCCGGACCGCCUCCGAGCACCUCAAGCGCGGCACCUGCCCCAAUUUCUCCGCCGCCCCCCUUCCCAUUUCCUCCGCCGCACCGCAGGCGCCCGACGCCGCCUCCCCUCCCUCCUCCCAGCCGCCGCACAACCACUGCAAGCGCAGCAGCUCCGCCGUCCGACGCUGCGGCACCACCCCUAAUCCUCCCUUCUCCGUUGAUUUAGCCUACCCACCCACCAUCUCUGUCACCAGCGCCAGCCCCCCCACCCACGGCGGCGGCGUCGGCGGCAGCGGCCCAUACUCCCAGCGCCAGCAACAACAGGUCCUCUCCAACGGGAAGGAUGACCUGAGUGCCCUGGCAUUACUGGAAGACAGCGUCAAGAGGCUGAAAAGCCCGAAGCCAUCUCUCGGGCCCACACUCAACAAGGACCAAAUCGACCCAGCCCUCGACUCCCUCGCCGAUUGGUUCUACGAUUCCUUCGGGCCCAUCUCUCUCUCGAGCCUCGACCAUCCCAAGUUCAAAUCUUUCCUCCAACAGGUCGGCCUUCCAGCAGUUUCAAGAAGAGACCUCCUCGGGUCGAGAUUGGACGCUAAAUACGAGGAAGCCAAAGCCAAAUCCGAGGCCAAGAUUCGAGACGCAUUGUUCUUUCAGCUAGCCGCCAACUGGAAGACCGAAAACGAGGAUAACCGUUUCGUGCAUUUGUCCUUGAAUCUUCCCAACGGAACCAACGUCUUUCGAAAGGCGAUCUUCACGAGCUGUUAUGUUCCGUCCUCAUUCGCGGAAGAGAUCUUACGGGAUAAAAUAAUUGAACUUUGUGGCAAUGCACUGUAUCAAUGUGUCGGGAUUGUUUCGGACAAGUUUAAAGCCAAGGCCUUGAGGAAUUUGGAGUCUCAGCAUUAUUGGAUGGUCAAUAUCUGCUGUCAGCUUCAAGGGUUCACUAGUCUGAUCAAGGAUUUCUUCAAGGAGCUUCCUUUAUUCAACAACGUGUCAAAAAAUUGCUUCAAGAUAGCGACUUUCAUCAACGACAAGUCCCGUAUAAUUCGUCAUAGUUUUCACAGGUACCAGCUGCAGGAAUACGGGCACGCAGGCCUGCUGAAAGUUUCAGUGACCAACAGAUCGGAUUUUGGGCCCGUUUACGUGAUGUUGGAGGAUAUACUCAGCUCUGCUCGGGCCCUUCAGCUUGUUCUCUUAGACGAGGCGUACAAGAUAGCAUCACUAGACGAGCCAGUUGCACGAGAAAUCGAGGAGAUGAUGAGGAACUCGAAUUUUUGGAACGAAUUAGAAAGUGUUCACUCUCUAGUUAAGAUAAUCAAAGCAAUGGCACAAGAGAUCGAGACCGAGAAGCCGCAAGUCGGCCAGUGCCUCCCAUUGUGGGAGGAGCUGAGAGCAAAAAUCAAGGACUGGUGUAGCAAAUUCCACGUGGCAGAGGGGCCCGUGGAGAAAAUAAUCGACCGGAGGUUCAAGAAAAACUACCACCCGUCGUGGGCCGCAGCAUUUGUGCUCGACCCGGUUUAUCUAAUCAGGGACGCUAGCGGAAAAUACUUGCCGCCGUUCAAAUUCUUGACGACCGAGCAAGAGAAGGACGUGGACAGGCUCGUUACUCGGCUCGUCUCGAUGGAGGAUGCUCACAUUGUGUUGAUGGAGCUUAUGAAGUGGAGGACCGAAGGGCUUGACCCGGUUUACGCGCAGGCCGUGCAGUUGAAGCAGCGGGACCCACAAACGGGGAAAAUGAAGUUCGUUAAUCCGCAAAGCAGCAGGCUCGUGUGGGAGACCCAUUUGACCGAGUUUAAGUUGUUGGGGAAAGUGGCGGUUAGGCUGAUUUUCCUCCGGGCGAGUUCGAGCGGUUUCGAUUGCGCGAGGUCUUUGAUGAAAUGGGCUGGUGCUUCGCAUCCGAGUGUGGGGAUGGAGAAGGCGCAGAAGCUGAUAUUUGUUUCGGCCCAUUCGAAGGGGGAAAAACGGGUGUAUUUGAGAGAUGAAGAAAAGGAUGCAGAGGUUUUUGCACUGGAAAACAGUGAAGAUGAUGUGCUGAAUGAGGUUUUUAUUGAUGUAUCCUCUGUGUAA